CCGCCCUUAAAAGCCUUAAAUAGCUCAUACUAAAAUCUUAAAUUCAUCCGGAGUGAACCAUCAAUAAAGAUUUCUAUCACCGACAUCCCCACGCAAAAGCACCCAUAAAGGCCAAAACAUAAAAAAUUCCUCUUAAAACUGAUUCGCCUUACCAUCUUAAUCUAAAGUAAAGCCCACAAACGGAAACAGCAGGGCUUACAUGCUAAGGUCUCUCCUCUUAUGCAGCAGUGAACAUAACUGAGCCGAAUGUGACAUAACAGAACGAGAUAGGUAAUUCCUACUACAAUGUCUCAGAACGGUAAAAUAGUUCCGCAGCUAAGCCAGCAAGCCACCAACGACUCCAAUUUAACUGUUCUUCAGCGGAUCGAUCGCCAUGUCGAAGAAAUUCUCACCACGGCAGCUCACGUGACUUUGUACGACUUCAAUGUCGACCUCACUCAAUGGAGUCGAAAAGAUGUGGAGGGAUCUCUAUUUGUUGUCAAGAGGAGGACCCAACCACGGUUUCAAUUCAUUGUUAUGAAUCGGCGUAGUACUGAGAAUCUAGUGGAAGAUCUGCUCAGUGAUUUUGAAUACGAAGUACAACUUCCUUAUUUACUCUAUCGAAAUGCAAACCAAGAAGUGAUUGGGAUUUGGUUUUAUAAUCCAAGAGAAUGUGAAGAGGUUGCAAAGCUUUUCUCGAGCAGGAUUUUGAACGCUUUCUCUAAAGUUCCUCCAAAACCAAAAGUAUUCACAAAUCAAAGCAACGAGUUUCAGGAGCUGGAGUCAGUUCCGACGUCAGCAACUAUAGAGGGUCCUCUAGAGCCGACAUCAUCCACUGGAACCAUUGCAGAUUCUCCUGAAGAACCCCUUGAGCGUUUCUUUAGUGCAUCAUUACAUUUAAACAAUCGUCAAGAGCUGUCAUCCUCAACAUCUGUGAGGCCUUCAACCAUGGUGCAUUCUCUGCCAGCCGGUUCAUCAUCAGUGGCUUCUCCUAGUCUACCUCCAAUGCCAGCACCAUCUCCUCCAUUGCCUGCUUCAUCAGUAUCUUUAGUCCCCAUGACUGCUCGUCCAUUAGACAUAUCUGAAGUGAGCAGCAGUAGUCAUGCUACUCUUGUUAAACCUUCAUUUUUUGUACCACCGCCACUUUUAUCUACAUCGAUGCCAUUAUCACUUCCUUCUGCACCAAUGGCUCCGCCUAUUAAUCCUCUUGCAUCCCUUCAGCCUUCACUUGGUGCACCACUACUGCAACCUUUUCCUCCUCCGGCUCCUUCCCAAUCUCUGGCUUCAGCUUCAACAUUGAAUCAAGGCCCGGUUAUUACAAGAGAUGGAGUCCGUGAUGCACUGGUUCGGUUAGUAAAGAAUGAACACUUUAUUGACAUGGUGUACCGUGAGAUGCUGAAUGCACAUACUUCAUGAAGAUUCCACAGUGGAUGAUCUCGUUAACGACUUCUGUUCAUUCAUUUACCAGCAAGCAAAGGUUCUGUAUACGGUCUUUUGCAUGGCUUCAUUGUGUAUCUUGUGUGGAGCACCAAUUUCAGGAUGGAAGGCUAUGGAUUUAAGUGUGCUAGUUAAGUUUCAUAUUUUGCAGACUUAAGUAUCUGUGAUCGAUCUUGUCCAAGAUUCAUCUGUUUCAAGUGCACAGAAGUUUUUUUAUGAUGACUUCAUAAAAUAUAAUUCAUACGUUGUUGUCUAUCUUCUACUUGUCCUCACUUAUUGUCUGAAUAUGGACUACUGGGCUUAUUUUGAAAAAUCCAGUACGUGAUCUUAUAGGUGUUUUCCCCAGAAAUGUCUACAAAACCUUCCUUGUGGGAGAUCGUAUGUAAUUGAUAGUUGUACGGAACUUCUAUUUAGUUGUACACUAAGAUUUGCUUAUGUCUUUAUUGCUAAGCACCUAUUGUUUUGUCCUAUCGAUUUGUAAAUCAUAUGCUAGCAGUGCUGGCAUCUUUUUUUUGUCA